AUGAAAUUAGUCAUUCCUAAUAUAAUUUGGCAUGGAGAGAAAGAAAGAAUUAUGGCCAUAGCUAUACAUCCCACAUAGAAUUUACUAUUGACAGGAGGUUCAGAUUCUAGAAUGCCAGAAAAGGAUAAUACAACUGAAGAUGUAGGUGUCAUUAAAAUGUGGACAAUAUUGGAAAAUUCAACUAAGAUGGUUGAAUUUGCAGGAGCUAUUAAUUCUGGUCAUGAAUAAACUGUUAAUUGUUUGAAAUUCUCCCCAAGUGGUAAAAAUUUUGCAUCUGGUUCUGAUGAUUAUAAAAUUAUAAUCUGGAGCUAAUAAGUGAGAUAAACUUUUGGUCAAUCUGAACCCAAAUUAUAAUGGUGGCCUUAUGCAGUUUUAACUGGACAUUGCAAAGAAAUCUAUGAUCUUUAAUGGUCGAAGCAUGGUGACAUUAUAGUUUCAGGAGGACUAGAUAAAUAUGUCAUUGUUUGGAAUGUUAAGAAAUAAAAAUAAUUAUAAACCUUGGAUGGACAUACUGCAUACGUAUAAGGAAUAACAAUUGACCCAAGACUUAAAUCUAUAGUGUCAUUGAGCUAAGACAGAACAGCAAGAGUAUGGAAAGUAUUAAAAGCAUAAAAAAAAAAUAUAAAUAAUCUAUAAUUUUAUCCAUAGCAUGUUGUCAGAAAAUUAGAAAAUGCUUAAAAAGCUGAAGGAUAACAGUCUACUUCAUAAGACUAAUAAUAAUAAUCUUAAUAAUAAGCGGAGGAGAAAAAAUAAAAUGGAAUAUUUUUAGGUGAAACCAGUUUAUUCACUUUUGUUCGACGACCAGAUUGGAGUCCUGACGGUUCAUUUUAUAUUUUGCCUGCUGCUGAAUUCUGGGUUGAUAAUAAACCUAUCAUGGGAGCUUACGGAUUCUUAAGAUAAUCUCCUUAAGUUCCUUGUUUCUUUUUACCAACUAAGACUCCUGCCUUAGUUAUAAGAUUUUGCUCGAAAUACUUUAAUAGAAACUAAGACAUCUAAUAACCGUUAAUAGAUUUACCAUAUAAACUGAUAUUUGCAAUUGGAACAAUUGAUUCUUUACUACUUUAUUCAACCGAUAGCCCAAUCCCUUUAGCCAUUUUUGGAAAUCUUCAUUAUGCCUCUAUAACUGAUAUUUGCUUUAAAGGUAUCAUUAUUAUUUAUGGAUAUAGGGUCCAACUUAAUUGCUGUGAGUUCAUGUGAUGGCUUUUGCUCUUUUGUGUAAAUUGAGGAUGGAUACUUUGGUUAAGAAGUUCCUAUUGAUUGUAAAAAGCUUUAUUAUAAUUAGAAUUACCUGAGUAUAUCAAAGUGUUGUAUAAUAAUGAUAAGAUAGAGGAAGAAGAAGUUUCAAAGAAGAAUGAAGAGUCCAAGAAACAAGAAAUUGUAACUGAAUAAAGAGUUGAAUAUAAGGAGACCUAGGAUGGAAAAAAGAAAAAAGUGAUUAUACCCAAAACUCUGUAGUUGGAUUAAUAAAAUUAGAAAUGA